UUUGAAUCAAAAUGGAAAAAUAGAUCGAAAACUUCUUCCGCCACCUAGUUUUUUAUUAUUAACUGACAAUAUUAAUCAUAAUCUGCCGCGUAACACUUUAGAACAAAAAUUACAAAAUAUAUUUAGUCAAGCUUUACAUAUUGAAUCUCCUCACGUUGAAGUUCCUUUCGGUCAACUUGGUGGAACGUCAUUGGAUGCUAUUUUUGUACUCACAUUGAUUCGUCAGCAGAUUUGUAAUAAAGUUGACAUCAGUCUUUUAUUUACUAAUCCAUCUAUUCGACAAUUGGCUCAAGCAAUAGAACCUAUAUUAGCUUUCGAAGAACUGCAAGACAUAGCUUCCACAGUCAAUGAAAUUCAUGAAACAAAUGUUCGUCUGUGA